CGGGCCCUUCGCCACAAUGACCCGAAGGCGCGAGCAGCUCUGCGUCAUUGGGGGUGCGCUCUGCAGCCGUUGGCGAGCCCAGCAAGUAUGGCGGGGCUGGUGUCCCUGUGGCAGAGGUCAAGAGACUAUAUAAAGACUAAGGAAUUCCGCAACUACAUUACCAGCACCCACUUCUGGGGUCCGGUGGCCAACUGGGGCCUUCCGCUGGCUGCUUACAAAGACAUGAAGGAGUCGCCGGAAAUCAUCAGCGGCCGCAUGACGACCGCGCUCAUCUUCUACUCCCUGAUUUUCAUGCGCUUUGCCUACCGGGUCCAGCCACGAAACCUGCUGCUCCUGGCAUGUCACAGCGCCAACGUGACAUUGCAGAGCAUUCAGGCCAGCCGCUACCUGGCCUAUCACUAUGGCGGCGGCAAUGCGUCUACCGCCGUCAAGACCACUGUUGCGCCUCUUGCCGUCGCCACCAUGGCUGCUGCCGCCACUGGAGCUCCCACUUCGGCUACUGCUAUGGAGGACUGCGACCCUGGGUUCACAACCUCCAACUAAGGGGAUCACAAACUCCACUUCCGGGUCCCCGAAAGGGUCGCGAGGACCUGAACAAAAUCUUUGCAGUUUACAAGCACUGGACUAUUCGUUCCUGAAUAAAGACCAAUGAGGACUUAUUCUGUUUUUUGACUCUCAAACAGUGCAAAACAAUAAAAACCUGGAUUGUGAUCAAUAAAAUAACUUUGAACUGU